UGCGCAAUGCAUGUUAUAGUUCUGCUCUUACUCGUGCAGUUUUCUGUGGCGCGAGGACGGGGGAAAGACUCGGUUUCGUUUCCUUUAGUUGUUUGAGUAUGUCAGUUCAAACAGAGCCCAUCUCGAGGCUGAUAGAAAAAAAACAAACCACAACAAACCACUGAGUCGGAUUUUUAACUUUUACUAGUAAAACCACCGGUCGCAGAACGCGUGCUUCACAAUUUGAAAAAAAAAAAUUACAAUUGUGAUAUUUUAGAAAUAAUUUUUUAAAUCUUAUUUUUUGUAGAUAUAAAAAAACACGGUAAUUAUUUUUUUCCUACACAUGGAUAUUGCUAGCGUGUUUUGAUUUUCGGCGAUUACCUUGACGCAGGUUGCGUUAAACAUCAACCUGGGAUUGCUUUCCGAUAACAAAAGAUCUAUAUCCGAUCAAUUAAAACUUAACACCUGGUUUUUUGUGUGACCUCACGAGGAAAUUGAAAUUAGAAAAGGAUCUUUUUAUACGUAUUCUAACUGGCCUGCACGCCACGCUAGGACUUCGAGUUACCGUAGGAUUAAGCGUAGCUCAAGCUGUAAUGGCACGGCACAUCUGGCUGCACUAAACAGAAAAAAGGAAAGAAACUUUGAAGAAUACCAAUCAACUUGAAGACCACUCUUGUGAUUACUGAUAUGGCAGGCUGAACCUCAAGUCACAUGACCGGUGUACGAGGAGUAUUACAUCCAAUCACCGGUCACUUUCACCUUGACCCUGGCCACUCAGAUAUCCCAGCGUACACUUUGUUUUCACCUCGACCCCUAGCAGCGUGUAUCCCUUGUGUUGAAGCUUGACCCUCCUUGCACUACACCUGACCCACCUUGACCCCCCUUGUCCUUGACCUAGAGACCGCCACCCCAUGCUCCCCUGACCUCCGCCCAGCACGAUGUCGGAGAGCAAAGUAGCGUGCGAGAGCUUUCCUCGGACCAGCAGCAACAGCAGCAUCAGCAACGCCAAUGGCAACAACAACAACAACAACAACAACACUAUCGACAACGGCGACGGCAUCAACGGCGAGGGCAGCCCCGGCCCCGCCGGCGACCUCCUCGACCACCCCAAGUCCCGCUCGUUUCUAGACUCGCUCGAGCGUGACCGCCGGUCCCCGCGCGACAUGCACGAGAUCCGCCGUAACUCCUCGCACGGCCUUGACCUUUCCAAAUCCUCCCCCACCAACCCUUCGGACGAGACCAACGGCCUCGAUCUGACCAAACCGGAAAUGAUCAGCGCCAGCAAAUACCCCCGCAGCUCCGACCCCACCCCCUACACGAACGGCAUCCCCACGGACGCCCAGCCCACACCCGCCCCCGUCAGCUACGGCCCGGGCCGAUCCCACAGCGCCGGGGAGUCCAUCUCCCCCUUCAGGGCCGACUCCGUGCCCAACGGCUACAGUCCGGACAACAUCUCAAACGGCAACGGAUAUAAGAACAAGUUCCCCGACGCCUACGCCAAGUCCGCUGACCCCGACCGCUACGGUUCGAAACCAUUCGAGUCGAUGCCAUCCUCCGCGGCCAUGUCAUCUUCAUCCUCCUCCACGGCCUCGUCGCCCACCUACCCCUCGAAAAUCCCCGACCCGUACAAGAUCACAGAGAACUCAUUCCCCAAGCCGCAGGACGCGUACAACAAAAUCCUGGAAGACUACGGCCACAACGCCAGAAACAACAACAACAACAAACUCAGCGACGACUACCCCGGCAAAAUCCCGCCCGAGUCACAGUUCGUCAAAAUGGCCGAAUCCUACGCCAAGCAAAUCGAAUCUCUCACCAACGGAUACAAGUCGGAUCCGUCUUUCAAGAAAGAGAAGUCUCUGUCACCAGGCGGGUACAAAAACGACCCGUCACCGCUGCUUGGUUUUCCGAAAGCUGAACCCGGAAUGACCAACGGCUCGCUGUACGGCAGCAAAACGGAAGCCGUGAGCUCAUCCUCGUCCCAGCCCCCCAACCAGUCCCUACCCAGUAUCCUCAACUUCUCCACAAACCACCUCCGCGGGAUGGCCGCGGCCGAGAGCGGACUGGCCAGCUACCUCAACAGUUACGGCGUCGGCGGGCCCGGUUCGGGUCCCGGCGGCGACAGGGGCGACAGAGGGAGCGGGAACGGGAACGGAAACGGCAGUGGGGACACGUCAAUGUCCAGGUCCAGUCCCAACAACAAGCUGGCAUGUCGGUUCUGUGGCAAGACCUUCUCACAAGCUGGCUACAUCAAGGCCCACGAACGUCUCCACACAGGUGAGAAACCGUUCGCCUGCUCCGUCUGCGGCAAGAGGUUCAGCGACCCCAGCAACUGGAAGAAACAUGAACGUGUCCACGCUAACAACAAGAAACAGAGUCAUCUCAUGGAGUCACCUGACUCAAAGGUUGGUCUCUUUAUGGCGAGUAUUAGUUCAAUACUUUCAAUAUUUGUCUGUCCACUACACUGGUCAGUUGAACAGAGUCAUCUCAUGGAGUCACCUGACUCAAAGGUUGGUCUCUUUAUGGCGAGUAUUAGUUCAAUACUUUCAAUAUUUGUCUGUCCACUACACUGGUCAGUUGAACAGAGUCAUCUCAUGGAGUCACCUGACUCAAAGGUUGGUCUCUUUAUGGCGAGUAUUAGUUCAAUACUUUCAAUAUUUGUCUGUCCACUACACUGGUCAGUUGAACAGAGUCAUCUCAUGGAGUCACCUGACUCAAAG